AUGUGGCGGCGGACAUAUCUCACUCUGGUUCUCAUCCGGCUGUGGUUUGCAUUGUCACCCAGCUAUCUACACCCCGACGAGAACUUUCAAGGCCCCGAGGUCAUAGCCGGACAGAUCUUUAGUUACCCUGUGCGCCAUACCUGGGAAUUUACGAGCGAGAACCCGAUUCGAAGCGUCUUUCCACUAUGGCCAGUCUACGGUCUCCCGAUGCUCCUCCUGCGGUGGCUAUGGAUCGGUAAUGGACAGGACGGCGAGAUACCCCCGAUUGCCGUUUUCUGGACCCUGCGCGUCCUCAUGUUCUUGAUUAGCUUCGUGCUCGAGGACUGGGCGCUACACGAAUUGAUCCAGUCGCCGAGGCAUCGCAGGGUCGCAGUUCUCUUGGUUGCCUCGUCCUACGUGACGUGGACCUACCAGACGCACACGUUUUCCAACUCUAUUGAAACAUUGGUAGUCGCGUGGAGUCUGGUCUUGAUCCAGCGACUCGCUGAUCCACGGCAACGGUCAUGCGUCCUAUCCGCCACUGUUCUCGGAAUAGUUGUGAUUGCCAUCGGGUUGGAUACUGCAUUCUAUCUGCCUAGUCCUAUCACAUGGACCGACUUGAUCAACAAGCCCGUAAUCACACCCCUCAACAACUUCAAAUACAACUCGGCCACUGAGAAUUUGGCCCAGCAUGGCCUUCACCCGUGGUACCAGCAUCUGGUCGCAAACCUGCCUUUGCUGCUGGGUCCAGCUGCGGCACUUUUGAUCUUCAAGCCUGCCUUUUCCCUUCGGCUCUACUCGGCUAUUUCUGGACUAGUUGUUCUUUCGGCUUUCCAGCAUCAAGAGGCGAGAUUCUUAUUGCCGACGGUGCCGCUGUUCCUAUCAUCGAUCCACCUGCCCCGGAACCAGACGGUGUUUCGGCUAUGGAUGUCGGCAUGGAUCAUUUUUAACCUGUUCCUUGGAGUGAUGAUGGGUAUCUAUCACCAAGGUGGGGUGGUGCCGGGGCAGGUCUUUUUGAGCCAGCAACCAGAUGCAACCCAGGCGAUCUGGUGGAAGACUUAUACCCCACCAGUCUGGCUUCUUAACGGGAAGAACGAGGUCCUGACGACGCGAGACGUCAUGGGCCUCAAGGGUGACUUGCUUCUCGAGCAACUAUACCAGCUCGCGACCUGUGACACCCCGGCCGACAGACGGAACCAGGAGUAUCUGAAGGAGAAGAACGGCACGUACCUGAUGGCCCCGGCCUCAGCGACGUGGUUAGACUCGUACCUCCCCAACAAGGGUCUGGAGGGGCUACGAUUUAGGGAGGUUUGGCGUUACCGGCAGCACUUGAACCUGGAUGAUUUGGACUUUGAGGACGACGGCGUUUGGGGCACUCUGGUCAGAGUGAUUGGGCGGCGGGGUCUUGUCGCCUGGAGGGUGACGAAAAGUUGCCCGAACUGAUGAAAGAAAGGGGUGGCGUAUAUCUCUUUUCCAGCUUUAUGACUCUAGUUAGACACUGUUAAUGACCAUGUAAAACUACUUUAGUUCUUGGGGUGGCCCAUG